UAUGUAGAACUUCAUUUCCCGGAAGGCUGCGCGCUCUAUUACCUGAGCUAGGCGAUGAACCGUAGGGCCUAAACCUUUAGCUAGGAUUUUUUAAGUUCUCAGAAGGAAGGUGUGACGACGAACGAAGGCUUUUGGCUGCUCGGCGGGUUAACUCAUCUGUGGAGCUGGAGGGAGAGAGCGUGACGACUGUGGAGCAGGCCCACUUCCGGUCGGCGGUCAAAAAUCUAGGACUCUUCUCCUUUAAUUGCGGUGGGCGGGACGCGGCGACGCCACCGGCGUUGCUAUUGGCGGCGAUUGGGGGCGCGGAAACUGAACAGGCACCACAACUGCCGGCGCAGCUCCCUCGGGCUUUUGAGGUGCUUCUGGUCCUGCCAGCCCGGCCAGCCCCGCCAUGGCCGCUCCCAGCCCGGAGGACCCCUCACUGGAGAGGCACUUUAAGGGCCACCGAGAUGCAGUUACCUGCGUGGACUUCAGUCUCAACACAAAGCAGCUGGCCAGCGGCUCCAUGGACUCAUGCCUCAUGAUCUGGCACAUGAAGCCCCAGUCACGUGCCUACCGCUUCACGGGCCACAAGGAUGCUGUGACUUGUGUGAACUUCUCCCCGUCAGGACACCUGCUUGCCUCAGGCUCCCGAGACAAGACUGUUCGCAUCUGGGUACCCAAUGUCAAAGGUGAAUCAACCGUGUUUCGUGCACACACGGCCACAGUGAGGAGUGUCCACUUCUGCAGUGAUGGCCAGUCGCUUGUGACAGCCUCUGAUGACAAGACAGUCAAGGUGUGGUCAACUCAUCGCCAGAGAUUCCUGUUUUCCCUGAGCCAGCACAUCAACUGGGUCCGCUGUGCCAAGUUUUCCCCUGAUGGGCGGCUCAUCGUGUCUGCCAGUGAUGACAAGACUGUGAAGCUGUGGGACAAGACUAGCCGGGAGUGUGUCCACUCUUACUGUGAGCAUGGCGGUUUUGUCACCUAUGUGGACUUCCACCCCAGCGGUACCUGCAUCGCCGCUGCUGGCAUGGACAACACAGUGAAGGUGUGGGAUGUGCGGACCCACCGGCUGCUGCAGCACUAUCAGCUACACAGUGCAGCCGUGAAUGCCCUCUCCUUCCACCCCUCGGGAAACUACCUCAUCACAGCCUCCAGUGACUCAACCCUCAAGAUCCUGGACGUGAUGGAGGGCCGGCUGCUCUACACACUCCAUGGGCACCAGGGACCUGCUACCACUGUUGCCUUUUCAAGAACGGGGGAAUAUUUUGCUUCUGGAGGCUCUGAUGAACAGGUGAUGGUUUGGAAGAGUAACUUUGAUGUUGAUUAUGGAGAUGUGAAAGUACAGAGGCCUCCACCCCUGGCCAGCUCUACUGGGAAUCUGCCAGAAAUGGAUUUGCCUGGCCCACCAGGCAGAGACAAGAGUCUGGAGUCAGUGCAAUGCCAGCCCCAGGAACCUGUCAGUAUGCCCCAGACACUGACCAGCACACUGGAGCACAUCGUGGGCCAACUGGAUGUCCUCACACAGAUGGAAGUACCCAAGAGAGAGGCAGGUGUCAGGGUGUGGGACUCCAGAGCACACUGUGGAGACAUUCUGGAAAGCCUGUUAGCCCCCGAGAAGAAAGGCUGCUCUGAAGAGAUGUGA